AUGGACACAGCAUGCCAGGAGCAGCAGGGUAUGGCAGUUUCCCUUGGCACUGAGAACAUACCGAGGAGGAAUCUCACUGCUCAGGAGCGGUGGGAGCCCAGGAAGCUCUCCAAGGGCGUUCACUGCUGCCCCGGGCUCCAAUCAGACCCAGGAGGCUUGGCUGGCUGGCUUAUAAAUGCAAAGCAGGGAGUGUUGCAAAGUGAAAGUGCCCGUGGGCUUCUCCCUGGUGGACUUGCGGGAAGGGAGAUGAGCUCCCGGGCACCGCUUCCAGGAAGGGAGGAGGGACAGGGCAGCACAGAGCCCCCCAGAGGCAAGAGCCACCCCGGGGCCCCGCAGCAGCAGCCAGCGGGGAGGAGCCUUCCCCAGGGCUCGCUGCCCCACUCCUCCAAGCCGCUCACGUCCUUCCUCAUCCAAGACAUUCUGCGGGACGGUGCGGACCGCGGAGCUGCGGGAAAAGGGAGGAAGAGCCGGGGAUGCUGCGGUGCCUCUAGCCCGGAGCCUGCGCUGGACAGUGCAAGCUCCGCUCCCCGGCAGCCAGCUGGGAAACCCCUCCCUGAAGGGGUCCCCCCGCCACCCUCGGAGCAACCAGGAGAGCCAGACGCAGAGGCAUAUACGGAGACCAACCUGUCAGACUGUGAAAACCCUCUGAAAUCCUCACCGAGCAACCAAAGGACCCCAAAGCAGCAAAAGCGCUCACGGGCAGCCUUCUCCCACACUCAGGUCAUCGAGUUAGAAAGGAAGUUCAGUCACCAGAAGUAUCUGUCCGCCCCGGAGCGAGCCCACCUGGCAAAGAACCUGAAGCUCACUGAAACCCAGGUGAAAAUCUGGUUCCAGAACAGAAGGUACAAAACCAAAAGGAAGCAACUAGCCUCAGAACUCAGUGGACUCGAUAAGAACUCAGUUUUUCCAGUCCUUAAAGAGGAUGAUGUCUCCAAGGCCUCUCUGAUUUCUGUGUAUAACAGCUACCAAUACUAUCCAUACCUGUACUACUUGAAUGGCUGGAGUCCCUCUUUGUGGUAACUACAGCUAAAGACUUCAACUUUUCCAAAGAGAAGCUCUUUUUUUAUUUUUACUGUUUUGCUUUUUCUAAUAAUGGGGUGGGUGGGAAAGCACUUCUGACCAGAUUUUCAGUGAUGCCGAGCACCCUGCAUGUCCUUUUCCCUUUCAGGGGAUUUGCAAGGUUCUCGAUACUGCUACAAGUCUAGGAUAACAUUUUCCAAAGCACCUAAUAAUAAAUGCCACGCUCUUGUAUAGCACUUUCCAUUGGUAGAUCUUAAAGUGCUUUAGAAAGGAUUACAAUCUCCAUUCUGCCAAUGGGGAAACUGAGGUACGAAGCAAUUAAGUGACUUGUCCAAGGCCACCCAGGGGCAGAGCCAGGAAUAGAACCCAGUCCCCCGAGUUACAGUCCAGUGCUCUAUCCACUAUAGUGUCUGCCCUUUUCUCUCACUGAAAGUCAAAGUGACCUAGGCACCCAUGUGCUUAAAUCUUUUUUCAAAGUGGGACUUAGGUGCUUUGGAAAAACUUUAGCCCUAUGCACAAUCAGUGUGUAAAAACUAAGUAAUGAUGAUGGUUUUGCACAGCAAUUGUCUUGGUGUGUUCAUCUAGGCCACUAACUCUGUGACACUGCAUAGUAGAUUUUAAUAUUUAAAUACCUGGUCUUCUCAAACAGAACAUAGGUGGGGCACUGAAUGGAAAAAAAUGGAGUCUGCAUUUUUUUGUUUUCAUUAAAUGGAAACUAAGAGCCAUGUGGUCCUAGGGUGAAGACUGAGAUAUAUUAGAACUAUGUCAGCUAACAUAACAAACCCCAUUUAAGCAUGUGCACCACUGCUCUUUACUGGCUAGAAUUAGAACUGCAUAAUUAUGUGUCAUAGCACCUAUACUGUUCGUUAAAGUAGAGUCUCCUUUAGCUCAAGUAGUAAAGACCUUUGGUUUGAAGUAGAAAGUGUGCAGUUCUAUCUCUGCGUGUGUCAUGAAGUGUAGCCAUGAUGCACUGCAUAGUAACAAACAUGAAAUACUAGGCAACAACAGAGUUGUUACCAUAUGCAAUAAAUAUUGUGAGCAGGAUCCUCGGCGGGUAUAAAUCGAUUCUCUGAUUCUGAAGGAACCGACCCAAUUUACACCUGCUCAGGUUCUACAGCCUACACACCAAUGUAUACCACCACUAACUUAGCAGCACGUACCAAACCAGAAGAUAGCAAGAAAGUCAGUAUCACAACGACAGAUCUGUUUUGCAUAUCACCACGCUGAUGCUGUUUGAACAUUAACAAAUAGAAUUAUUCUGUUAAAUAGCCUAAGUUUUCAGCCUUCCUAACAGUUUAAAGAGAAGCAGUUGUUUGUAAAAUUAGAUGAGACCAAGCAGCCUAGUGCUUUAGGAAAGGCUCACUGGCUUGGUAUUGCUGUAAAAUGUUCUUAUGAUCACAGAGUUAGAUGAUCUUAUCGUUGUUAAUCACACUCACCAUUUGAACAGACUAACAGAGGUGAAUCCUGCUUCCAUUUGAUACAUACUGUACUAGCCUGAUGCUGCAUGGUGCGGAGCAUCUUCUGAUCCUAUCUUCUAUAGUGGGAAGUGAGAAAACUCCGCACUUUGCAGUAUACAAGGGAAACAUGGGAUAAAGCUUUUAUGCCUGGUGGUUAAGUGAAUAGCAAUAUUUUGACCUCAGUCUGUUCAAAGUAACAGUGAUGGCUUUUAGGAGCAAAGGAAAUGCCUGCCCAUACAUAAAGUUUGAGGUAACAUCUAUUGUGGAGGAAAGAAAUGUUUUAAAAUAAAAAUUGGGAGGGGGGGAAUUAUGUUAGAUGAUUUAUAAUUUCAGUGGACCAAAUUCUCAGCUAGUACCAAUCACCAUAGUUCUAUUGAUUGGCAAUUUACACCCUCUGAGCAUAUGUGCGUUUUUUUAAUCUAUCCAGUUCUUUAUAAUGAUGCCCCUCAUUGCAGUAUCUGAGCACCUCCUAAAGAGAAUUAAAACCCCCCAAACCACAAAAAGUCAAAGGCUUAAUUUCCCUCCCUUCUCCUCAAGGCAGUUGGGGCUGCAUAUUGUUAGAGUGAUUGCUACCGGAUGGAAAUUGUAAUCAUUUCUUUUCAGAGACAAAGGGUGCAGGGAAAUGAAGUAAUAUAUUUUAUUAGACCAGCUUCUAUUGGGGAAAGAGACACGCUUUCAAGAUUACACAGAGCUCAUCUUCAGGUCUGGGGAAUUUUUAGAAAUCUUAUUUUUCAUGAAAAUAUCUUUGAAAAUUGAUCUUUUGUUUCCCUCCUCCCCCCAACCCAAUAGAUCUGCCCACUCACAAGUAUCCUUAUUCAAGCCAGGAGACUCCUAUUGUGAGCCAGGAUUACUUAUGGGAGGAAUAGUUUACAGGAUCAAACCCAUUAAGGUGAACAAUUCACCAAUGCCGCAAAUUUAUGGUCACUGCCACCGUGUAAAUUAUUUGAACUACACGAAAGGAUAACUGCCUGUUUUCUAACUAGUCGGAAUGUAACUUCUAGUAUCUCCAGAUAACAUUUUUCUUCCAGCUCAUUCUUUAUUUAGAACCUAUUCAUUCUGAAAGGAUUCAGUCCUUUCUCUCAGUCAGCAUUAAGAGUAGAAGGUCAUCUCUGGGCUGUUACAAUAUGUUUCAAACUCAAGCACGCUGCUUAUCCACUUUCCAAAAGAAGUGAUCAUACAGUACUUUGAACAAAAGAUUCCUUAGGGUCCUAUCCUGGGGCCCUGACUCACUUGAGGAGCCCCACUAACGUCAAUGGGAUAGGAUUACUCAAAGGAGAAAUAGCUGCGGGAGCAAGUACUGAAUGCAGAAAUCCACAGGCACGUUUGGGCCCAAUUGGGCAUGACUUGCACCUUGUGCCAUCAUUGACACCAGUGCAAAAUGGGUGCAAAACACUUACCAUGCUGAUUUGGUAGCUUUACAUGCCUAUUUUACACUGGUGCAAAGCUCCUCAUUCUCUGUUGCCCUGCACCUUGUGUGGUCAUUUAAAUCAGUGCAAAGGGGGUGUAAAACGUUGCCUAAUCAGAAUGAUACGGUCUGAUUCUUAUCUCAUUUAUAUUGGUCUAACUCCACUGAUUUCCAUGAACUUACUUCUGAUUCACACGAGUGUAAAUGUAGUAGUGUCACCUACCUGGUCUGGCUUCAAGCGCUCUGCUGCCUCAGUUUCCCUUCACUUAGUUUCGAUUUCCCGACCUUCUCAGGAAGGACUCACUGCCACACUCAAGUCUCUUCCCUGCAGGUAAAAUAUCAAAACCAAAAGCAGUUCCUCUGCCCAUCCUGUGCUACAACUCCCAUAGACUUUCCCCUUUCCUCUCUGUGGGGAAAGGAGAACUCACCCUUCUCUUCAGUCCCCCUGCUUCAGGGCCCACAACAGCUCACAUCAGCAGUUUUCUCAGCCUUUUCAUAGGGAUCACCUUCCCCCUUCUCAACGGGUCUGAUAACUGAACAGGGCUGGCCAGCCUCAGACACCCUGGCCCUUAAAGGGAAUAAAGUAUAAGAAUAUGCACCAUAGAGAGUGGCUCACCCAUUUUGCACAGGUGUAAAUGAUAGGGCAGUGGGGAAUUGGACCCCAUCUGCAGGGCAACAAUGGAUUUUAUCCAUUGUUCUUUAGUAGUCAUGGUAACUGAACACCCUCUUGGAUAUUUCAUCUGUGUCCCAGCUCUUCGUUUGUAACCUAUAACAAAACUCUCUGAACUGCCCAUCCUUUGUAUGUUUAUGAAAUCAGUCCAGUGCAAACAGUUGUUAUUUUUGUAUAUAUAUUUUGAUACUAUUUUUCCAAUGUGUGUGCAUUGUACUUUGGAAUAAAAAGUUAAAGGUC